GGGACUCCUGCGGACCCACAUCUAGGUCCCCUCCUACCUGCUCUGGGGCCGAGACCCCCUAUACUUACUCCUGCAACGUCCAUAAGGGCUCCUGGGGCCGAGGGCUCCCCCCUGUACCCGCUACUGGGACUCCCCAUAGCCACCUGCAGGGUGGAGUCCUCUCUGUAGCUGCCCCUGGGGCUGCUGUUGUCCUCUACCCACUACUGGGAUCCCCCCAUAACUGUCCCCAGGGGGAAGGAUUCCCCCCAGUACCAACCCCCGGGGAUCCCCCAUGACUGCCCUUGGGGCUAGGACCCCCUAACAGCAGUCUCUGGGGCUGGGAGCUUCCUACAGCUGCCCGCAGGGCUGGGGACUCCUCCGUUAACUGUCCCCUGGGGGCUGGGAGCCCCCGGUAGCCACCUGUGGGCCUGCUAGCAGCAAUCGGGGCGACUCCUUGUUGGCAGUGGCCCAUCCUUGCUGAUACCCUGCUGCGGGUCCCUCUCUCCCCGCUGUCAGGAUGCGGAUAGUGGAUGACGAUGUCAGCUGGAAUAGCAUUGCUGUGGUCCAGGAGAAGGAGGAGGAAGAGGAUGAAGGGGAUAUGCCUGUGGUGGCAGAAUUUAUUGAUGAACGUCCUGAAGAAGUGAAGCUUAUGGAGGAAUUCCGAUCAAAUACGAAAUGGAAACUUUUAGGAGAACAGAACGAAGAUUCGCAAAGCUCAGAUCUUUCAGUACCUGCCAAAUGUAUUACAAGGAAACAACGCCAUGACUCCCUGGAUGACUCCCCGCCAAGGCGACUGCGGCACGACUCCCCAGAUCCGUCCCCUCCCAGGCAAGAGCAAUGCGACUCCCCCGACCUGUCGCCGCCGAGGCGGAAGCGCCACGACUCCCCCGACCUGUCGCCGCCGAGGCGGAAGCGCCACGACUCCCCCGACCUGUCGCCGCCGAGGCGGAAGCGCCACGACUCCCCCGACCUGUCUCCAAAGAAAGUCAGUUCAGCAAUGGGAAAAAAAGCCUACAAAGCCACAGACAAGUCGCUGUCAGGGGGAGUCCAAGGAGAGCAAUCUCAUCUCAAGCACAGCUUCUCUGACAAGUCCUUAUCACGUCAGAAACGGAAUGUUACUCCGGAUCUGUCUCCUCCCCGGAAAAACAAAUAUGAUUCUGACCUAGAGUCAUCACCACCUCAGAAAAAGAGGACCGGGUCACCUACUCUGAAAAAGCAGAGUGGAACUAGAGGUGCUUCUCCAGCUACUAAAAAGCUCAGGCAGAUUCCCUCACCUCAGAGGUGCGCGAAACAUGACUCUGAUUCUUCAUCUCCACGGAGGAGUUCCCGGAACGCCUCAGAUGCAGACCUUUCUCCCCAACGGAAGAAUCGCGGCCUAGGCCUAUUACGCCCUGACUCCCCUAAACGUGGUCCUCUUAAUAAGAAUCAGAGCAAGCCUUCAGACUCUGAUUCAUCUCCUCCACGAAGGACGUUACCAGCUGGAAAGGAGCAGCACGGUUCAAGGAGUCCUCCUGAUGUCUCGCCUCCUCGUCGCCACCGUGACACUGAGGAAUCUCCCAAGAAGGCGAACAUGAUGUUAUCUGGGGGCAAAGCUGGCUUGCUGUCAGCUGAUGUGCUGCGGAGGGAGCAGCAGGAGCUCAGGAGACAAGAGAGAAAUAACAAGCGCUUGGAAGAGGAAUCCCGGCACUCUGAGACCGUCUUCCGAGACAAGUCAGGCCGCAAGAGGGACCUCGUGAAGGAACAACUUGAGCAGAAGCAGAAAGCUGACGCGAAGUCUGAGAGAGAUGAACAAUAUGCCAAGUGGGGAAGAGGACUAGCUCAGGGGAGGCAACAGCAGCAGAAUGUGGAAGAUGCAAUAAAAGAGAUGCAAAAGCCAUUGGCCCGCUAUAUUGAUGAUCAGGAUCUGGAUCGAAUGUUACGAGAGCAAGAGAGAGAAGGAGACCCCAUGGCUGAAUUUAUCAAAAAAAGGAAGGCCAAAGAGAACAAGGACAAGAAAGAGAAACCUAGGUACAGUGGACCAGCACCUCCACUCAACAGAUUCAAUAUAUGGCCUGGGCAUCGCUGGGAUGGUGUGGACAGGUCCAACGGAUUUGAGCAGCAGCGCUUUGCCAGGAUAGCCAGCAAGAAGGCAGUUCAGGAGCUCGCAUAUAAGUGGAGCGUUGAGGACAUGUAGACGAGAGAAAGAGUGGUGUAAAACAGAGCUCCUGAAUCAAUGUUCAUCUACUGUACUGUACAUCUUCAUAUACGGAGGUUCACCUACUGCCACUGCCAGAGCUGUAAGUAAUGGCUCGCUCUGCCUGGACCAAGUGCCAUCCUCGACAUUCAGUGCCCCAGUGGGGAGGAGAGGCUGAAGUGAGAGGCAAGCUUACGGCGCUCCUGAAUGAGGGCUUUCCCGUCAUCCAGAGGGGAUGAACGCAGAGAACUUCAGCAGCGUUACUUGGAGCAGCGCAAUGGCUGAAAUGUGCUGAAGCAGUGUAGUGACUGUUGCCUGCAGGAGUACUUCUGCUCUCUGGCAAUCUCUUGUGCGGUACUGCAGACAAAUUGAUUCCUGGCCUGUUUGUUUCUCUUCUCACAAACUAUAUAAACUAUAUGCCUGGUUGUUUUCUGCCAAAUACUUUGUGCUCUGAAGACGGUUCACAAAUCUUCAGGUGUCUUAAAUCUCAGGUUUUUUCAUGGUGAAAGUAUGCUGAAAACUCAGUCGCUGGAGAGUUACCUUGUCCAGUAGCUCCGCCUAUUCCAGAAUUCAGUUGCAGUUUCAGUUGUAGGCAAGUUCUUCCAGAGAGCAACUGCCCCCUAAAGCUGCUUAACAGUGUGAGCUGAUUUGCCUCUGGGCUGAUGCCAGAUCUCCCCCAUAUCCUUGCUAGGGAGCCCAAAGCACUUCUGAUAAGUGUAUGUCGUUAUCGUGCCCUCUAGUUCAUGGAGUCCCUGACUUGCAGUGGAGUUUGUAAAGCUAAGCCUCUCUUCAUCUGAGUCCGAGUUGUGCUGGAUGGGUCUGUAUGUGGCAAGAAGCUGCUUGCUAUGUAUCACAAGUGCUCUGGCCUAGAAGAGGCUGAGAGAACCUGCAAUGUUGUUUGUGACAGCAAAGUCUUCAGAAGCCCUAGCAGCUCCUUGGGGGUCAUUUUUUUGUGGAAAAAUACAGAGGGGAUUUAAAAUGUUCUCCCUGACUUAUUUUCUUUGGUAUCUAAUGGUCUUGGAUUAGUUCCCCUAGACUUCUCUCCGGACAGUGUUGCUGAUAGCUGGGCAGUUCCUUAGCACUGCUGCCUGGAGAUUUGUUUCAGUGUGAAAUGUAACCCCUCUCAUGACUAGAUUUGUCUGGGCUUGGAGCUGGAGGCCAGACAGUUUCGCUUAAUCCCUGCUUGCAAGAAAGCACUUCUGUUCUUGUUUAUGUACCAGAGAGCAUGUAUUAAGUGCAGCCAGCAGUUUCCGUGGACAUCCCUUGUCGUUAAUAGUGGUCAGGGGCCAGUCAUGAGAGUUACUCUUGCAGUGAUCCUCAUAGAAUAGGAAAGGGUCUGGGUGAGAAGUGUAAUGACAAAGUUCUCUGGAGUUUGUGAGUCUUGAUACUUUCUUCUCUGUUUUUUUUUUUAUUCACCGUUAUUACAUUUUCGGCAAUCCUGGAAGCUGGGUGUACACUUGUAAAUAACAGCUUUCUUUUUUACAUGA